CCGCAGCUAAAAUAUACGUUAGUACCAAUUGGAAAAAUAUGAAAGCUUGGUGGUUUUUUCCUUAUGCUUUGUUACUUAUUGCAGUAGAUUCGUAUGCUACUGAUGAUUGUAAUAUAUCAUUGAAUGGAAGCAAUGUCACUGAAGCAAGACUCUCAGUAGGUGAUAGUGUUGUCCUGGAGUGUAACUGUGAAUCAGACUGGAAACAGAAUGAAGACAACAUCAUAAAUGAUACACGUCAUUUCAUUACCAGUAGAAAUACACUGAAUAUACUAGCAGUGAGGAGCACUGACUCUGGUAACUAUACAUGCGGUGAUAGCAAUAUUAUUCUAAUAGUAAAUGAUACAUACGUUGAAUCUGUGUUCAUUCGUAAUCCAUCACUGUUAUGUGUUAAUGAGUCAGUGCUAUUGGAGUGUGUAGUGACUCUUAAUACAGUAAUUGGGUCUGAUCUUUCAGUUCUUAAUAUCUCAUGGUUUCACAAUGGGACUUAUAUACCAACUAACAAUAUUACUAGAAAUGAUGAGGAAUACUUGUACAUCAGUACAUUACAGUUACCAUCAGUGAAUGAUGCUAACAGUGGAGAAUAUGCUUGUGUAGCUAAUGUCAUUGAAAGUGAACGUAUUAUUGUAAAUUAUACCACUGUUAAUAUCCGAGCCAAACCUGUUGUACAUAUAAUGACUGAGUCAUUACUUCUUUAUCCUGGAGAUGAUGCUGUCAUUAAUUGCUCCUCCUCUGUUGGAUCUUAUACUAUUACUGGACCAAAUUUAAUCAGUUCAAAUCAACCAGUUACAUUAAACUCUUUUAGCUAUGAAAAUGAAAGUGAUUAUAAAUGCUCUAGUUCAAACAUGUGUGGAGACAACUUUGAAUUCUUAACAUUACAAAUGCUAAUUCCGAAUGUGACUAUCAGUGGCAAUUAUACUAGUCUUAGAGUAGGUAGCAGUACUGAUAUAAAAUGUGAAACAACUCCUUCAAUCCCUAAUGCUGUGAUAGAAUGGCAAGAUGUGUCAUCAUUUAAUAGCUACAGUUAUGAAAAUGGAUUAACAAUCGAUCCAGUAUUGCUCAGCGAUGAUAACAAGACAUUCACAUGUGUAGUAUCAUCACAUUUAAUAUCAAGGAAUUUAAUGAGAAGUAUUGUCAUUACUGUAAUAGAUACUAGAGUCUCAUCAGUUUCCAUAAAGAUCAAUUCUUCAUAUGUCAUUGGUGAACAAGCAUUCAUACAGUGCAGUAUCAGUCUUACUAAUGCUACUGGUCCUAAUAUUUCUUCAUUUAGCAUAAAGUGGUUUAAAUCAGAGGAAGUUAUAAGAGAUUAUAUGAUGCAUGAUGUAGCCUUGCCAUCAUCAGUGUUUCAAAGCCAGUUUAACAUUAACAAGUCUUUCAUUCAAUGA